AUGCAUCGCUAUUCCUUUCCACACUCUCCCGUCGCUAAUCCGGAUGCGAUUAUUAGCGCUGGAAAACACCGUUUCACUGUCUUGACUGACGGUCUGCUUCGCUACGAAUGGGCUGAAGAUAACCAGUUUGAGGAUCGCGCCUCGGUUCUUGCCAUCAACCGCCAAUUGCCCGUACCAGAAUUUCGGGUUAUAGAGGACCAGCAGGCUCUUCAGAUCCUCACCUCUCGAUUCCACCUCAGCUACGACAAACAAGCAUUCUCUGCAAAUGGUCUCAGUGCUGUCAUUAAGGGAAACUAUGGGCCUCAUGUCAGCGUCUGGCGCUAUGGAGCCCAGGCUUCAAAUCUCGGUGGUACAACCCGUACGCUGGACGAAGCUGAUGGCCGAGUCCCUCUAGAACCAGGCGUUAUAUCUAGACAAGGAUUCGCGACUUUGGAUGACUCAACGUCAAUGUUAUUUGAUGAUCAUCAGUGGGUGACCACAAGAUUACCUGGAAUUCGCGUCGAUGGCUACCUUUUCGCGUACGGUCACGAUUAUCGACAAGCAAUCCAGGCAUUUUAUCUUCUAUCAGGACCUCAGCCUCUUCUUCCACGAUGGGCCCUGGGAAACUGGUGGAGUCGAUUUCAUCCGUACACUGCGGGUGAGUAUCUGUCGCUGAUGGAUCGAUUCAGCAAAAGUGAGAUUCCUCUAUCAGUCGCUGUUCUGGAUAUGGAUUGGCACAUUGUGCGAGAUGAGCGUGUCAAGAAAGCUGGAGUGACAGGAUGGACUGGCUACACCUGGAAUAGAGAGCUCUUCCCCGAUCCUAAGGCCUUUCUUGCGGAACUCCAUGAUCGAGGCCUACAUGUUUCUCUAAAUGACCACCCCGCGGACGGGAUACAAGUUUACGAAGAACUUUACGAGAAAAUGGGGAUCGUGUUGAAGCAUGAUAUGUCCAUGGGGGACCCUAUAUCCUUCGACAUCACAAAUCAGUCAUUCCUGGAUGCCUUCUUUGAUGUCCUUCAUCGGAGAAUUGAGAGAGACGGACUGGAUCUAUGGUGGGUGGAUUGGCAGCAAGGGACACAUUCCCGCAUCCCUGGCAUUGAUCCACUCUGGGUUCUGAAUCAUUACCACUUUUUGGAUAGCGCUCUUGAUGACAAGAGACCCUUGACGUUUUCCCGAUAUGCGGGCCCGGGUAGUCACCGGUAUCCUAUUGGCUUUUCAGGCGAUACCGUGGUAUCAUGGGACUCUCUGCACUUCCAGCCAGAAUUUACAGCAACAGCAUCAAACAUCGGGUUUGGGUGGUGGAGUCAUGAUAUUGGUGGCCAUUUUCACGGGGAAAAAAACGACGAAAUGCUCAUCCGAUGGGUACAACAAGGCGUUUUCUCUCCAAUUUUGCGUCUUCACUCGUCGAACAACAUUUUUAGCAUCAAGGAACCCUGGAAUCUUGAGUCGCAAUAUGAGCGGAUAAUGACAGAAUAUCUGCAGUUUCGUCAUAGAUUGCUCCCAUAUCUAUACACCAUGAAUGUCCGCUCUGCUAUUCAAGGGCUGCCACUUGUCCAGCCCAUGUAUUGGGGUUAUCCCGAAAGCGAGGAGUCAUACAAUGUACCAAAUCAAUACAUGUUUGGCUCAGAUCUCAUCGUGGUGCCGAUCACUGCUCCUCAAGAUCUCAAGUCCCGAAGAUCUCAGGUCCUCGCGUGGCUCCCUCCAGGUAGGCAUGUGGAUAUAUUCACAGGUAUGAUCUAUGAUGGAGACCGUCGAAUUUGGCUAAAUCGACGCCUUGAUGAUUAUCCCGUUUUUGCCUCCCAGGGUGCGAUCAUUCCCCUUGAUAACGCGUCGGUUAUCAAAAAUGGCUGUCGGGAUUCUGCCACGAUCGAGCUCUUGGUUGUUGUCGGGGCAGAUGGCAUUUUCGAACUCGUUGAAGACGAUGGAAAUGGUCAAUAUACGGAUCUUAUUGAUUUCCGCCGAACUCGCAUCUCUUUUCAUCAACAUACCGGAGAGUUGCACAUUGGGCGUACAAGCGGUGGGGAUACUCCUUCUAGUGCCCGCCAAUGGUGGAUUCGCUUCCUCGGUUAUGCACAAUCAGAAGCGAUACAAGUUUCUGUCGGAGAUGAAAGCCGCAUGAUCAAUGGGAAGGAUGUGAAGAACGGGCUCCUACUUGAUUUAGGAUUACAACCUGAAAGCGCGUAUAUCAUAGUCAAGUUGAAAGACUAUCCUACAAUGAUGAUAAACCAUCCCCAAGUUCAAAUCAUCGACUUCCUGCGAGGUGCUCAAAUUAAACUGGAUCUUAAGGAUGAAAUUCGAAGAGUUGUCGAAAAGUCGGUGCCGAGAUUCCUACAGAUUGGAGAUCUCCAUGCCCUUGGCCUCGAAGGCGUAGUUUUGAAUCCGAUUCUGGAAUUUCUCUUAGCUGACUCUCGAUGGAAGUUGGAUAACGAAAUCCGAGAGAUUGGGCUCUAG